AUGGAUGACCAGAGUUCGCAAAUAACAGUAAGAACGAGCACCUCGACCAUCCGCGCGGCCUCCUUGCAUGGCGAUCCGUCUGCCGGCUCAAUUUCUGUCUCUGUGCCGGAAGAGACAGAAGUGGACGACGACGACGACCCGCUAAAAGUCAAAGAGCUGUCGCUAGCUUUUGACUAUCUCAUGUUCAAAAUACAGGAUCAAGCCAGCCAGCUGAGCGAACGGGUCGAAUCGCACGUUCUGCGCUCGAAAUCAGAACACGAACGUGAUAUCCAGGCGAUCCAGGACAAGCUGGUCCAGAUCAAACAGUUAUUGGGCCAUUGCGACCAGAUAAACUUGGAAAUAGAUAAGCUCGAGCAAUUGAGCAUGAUUACCAAAGAAUUCAACCAGCGUCUCACAGCGGUGCAGAGCCGAAUGAAUGCCCACGCCCGAAAAUUUAAAUAA